AUGGAAAAUGUGGUAAAGCAUACACAGAAGGUUGUGAUGAUAGAUCCUGUUACUAAAUGUGAAAUCGUUACAUACGAAAAAGUUUGGAAUUAUACUAUUAUAGAUAUUAGUUUGUUGGGGUUUGGAACUACUUUUCCUCAGAUUUCAUUAGCUACUAUUGAUGUUAUACAGAAUCUAGGAAACUUAAAUGCUGGAGGUUUGGGACCUGGAACACUCGUUGGUUCUGCUAAUAAAAAAUGCAAAAGAGGAAGAAGUAACAAAGUUAUAUUUGCGUGCGAUAAAGGUGGAAAAUAUAAGGAUAAAAGUGAGACUCAAAGUGCUACUAAGAGAUGUGGAUGUCCAUUCAAAAUCAGAUCGACUCCGGCAAAAGAUGGGUCUGGAUGGAAGGUUGAUGUAAAAUGUGGAGUUCAUAAUCAUGGUUUACCAGAUAGAUUAGAAGGCCAUUCAUUUGUUGGUAGGUUGACAACAGAUGAGAAGCAGCAUGUUGCUGAUUUGACAAAGAGACAUGUUCCGCCUAGACACAUAUUGACUUCCUUGCAAGAGCGAGAUCCUGAGAACGUCACUCGGAUCACGCAAAUAUACAAGCAUAAAAGUGUGAUUGAAGCGGAGAUAAGAGGUCCAGGAAGUGAGAUACAACAUUUGCUUAAGCUUAUAGAGGAGGCGAACUAUGUUUAUUGGAGUAGGAAACGGGAUGAUUGUGAAGUUGUGAGAGAUAUUUUUUGGGCUCAUCCAGAUUCGGUAAAGUUGCUGAAUCUUUUUCCUACUGUCUUGAUUAUGGACGCCACUUAUAAGACCAACAAAUAUAGACAACCUCUGUUUGAAAUAGUUGGUAUGACAUCGACCGAGUUGACAUUUGCGGUUGCAUUUGCUUAUAUGGAGUGUGAGCAGACAGAGAGUUAUAUUUGGGUCUUGGAUAAGCUGAAGCAAUUGUUUGUGAAGAAAGAUGUGGUUCCACAAGUGAUUUUGACGGAUAGAGAUCUUGCUUUGAUGAAAGCAGUUGAAGUUGUUUUUCCUACGACGCAUAACUUGCUAUGUCGCUUUCAUAUUAACCAAAAUGUUGGGAUGAAAUGCAAGGAAUAUGUGAUGAAAGACAUGCGAGAGACGAUAGGCACAUUGUGGAAAGAUGUUGUAUGGGCUAGUAAUGAGGUUGAGUAUGGUGUACGGUUGCAAUAUCUUGAACAAGCAUGCUUUGCUUGUACUAACUUCCUCGAUUACGUGAAGAACACUUGGUUGAUCCCACAUAGGCAAAGAUUUGUAGGCGCAUGGAUUAAUCUAGUGCUUCAUUUUGGUAACACCACGACAAAUCGGGUUGAAUCUGCACAUUGGAAGCUAAAGCAGAUGUUAGGAAACAGCCUUGGUGACAUGGUCAAAGUUUGGGAAGCUAUGAAUUCUAACCUAAAAAUCCAAAUAGUAUCGAGAGCUGCUUUGAGACGCAUUGCAGAAGAGUUAUCGAGGCUUGAUUAUGUGUUAAAUAGUAGGGAAACAUGUGGUUGUACUAUGAGAACAAGUUAUGGGCUACCUUGUGCUUGUGAGAUGGGAAGAUCGAUUGUUGUUGGAAUCCCAUUACAAAUAGAAAGUGUUCAUCUUCAAUGGAGGAUACUAUCUAUGGAAGGUGACUUGCCUUUAGAUGAGGAAGCUGGUUCGGAGGAUGAUAUGAGUAAUGCAAUUGAUGAAUUAUGGAGAAGGUUUAAAUCACUAGAUGUUGUUGGAAAAAGAGCAUUAAAAAGUAGGGUUUGUGAAAUUGCAUAUCCCACAACAACUUCAUUGUGUCCACCACCUGAGAAAAUAAAAACUAAAGGCGGAGUGAAGAGGAAAGGGAAGAAACCAGUUGGGUAUGAUGUUUAUAGGGAUCCUUCAGGUUUUGAGUAUGCUGAUCAGGCGUCUCAAUGUUCACAAAAACAAUCGCAAGCAUCACAAACUUCCAGGAAGCAAUCACAAUCAAAGAAGCAAUCACAAGCAAAGGAUGAGGAUUUCACUCUUCAGUUUCCUUGUCAUAUUAGGCCAUAUAUUACCGAGAUUGUUAAUGUUGUAGCAGAUGGUAAUUGUGGAUUUAGAGCAAUUGCUUCGUGGCAUGGGUAUAGUGAGGAUGGUUGGGCAAUGGUUCGUCGUGACUUGGACAUGGAAUUAAGAGAAAAGAAGGACUUAUAUGAGAGAUUGUUCGGUCUAAGUUUAUCCGAAGUGAGAAAUGGAUUGUUGAUAGAUCAUGUUGGUUUUCAACCACCGGAGAAAUGGUUGACACUACCAGAGAUGGGUUAUUUGAUAGCGAAUCGGUAUAACAUUAUUCUUGUGCUGCUUGGUAACCCUUGCUUGACCUUUUUUCCUAUGACAACAACAUUUUCUCCAAGUGCUCCUACAUAUUGCAUUGGCCUUGUCAACAGGAAUCAUUAUCUUCGGGUUAAUAUGAAAGAAGGCUUCCCGCUGCCACCCGUCACGGUAGAUUGGAUGAAGUUUCGUCAUCAAGUGGCGACAUCUUGGAUGUUAGGAUUUGCUGGACGUCUUCAACAUUGGCAUCAUCUUACGCCUAUGUUACCAUCACGUGGUAGUGAUGGCUGUUUGAGAUUGGUUAAUGAAACAGUGAUCGGGUUUUUGUUUGAGAAUUAG